AAGAGCAUACGGCGACGUAUGAUGGUGAAGUUGUAACUCUAUCCAGUCUGGUCUCAUCAACAAGCCAGAAAUCAAGAAUGUCAUCUCCGUCUGGGCUCUCGCCCCUCCCCUCGAAACCGCUGCUGCCGCCGCCUCGGGCCACUUCCUCCGCCACUCUCCUCCACUUUCCAUCCGACCACCAAUAUGCUUUCUCUUCCAGAGCCUCCCGCUUCAAGUGCUCCGCGGGAGACGCCGGCUUCUUCACCAAACUCGGCCGCUUAAUCAAAGAAAAAGCCAAGAGCGAUGUCGAGAAAGUCUUUUCUGGCUUCUCUAAAACUAGAGACAAUUUAGCUGUUGUUGAUGAGCUUCUGCUCUACUGGAAUCUCUCCGACACCGACAGGGUUUUAGAUGAACUCGAAGAGGUGUUGUUAGUGGCUGAUUUUGGACCCCGGAUUACUGUAAAGAUCGUUGAUAGCUUAAGGGACGAUAUAUACGCUGGCAAGCUCAAGUCGGGGCCAGAAAUCAAAGAUGCUUUAAAGAAGAGUAUAUUGAAUUUGUUGACGGCAAAGGGACUUAAAACCGAGUUGAAGUUGGGCUUCAGGAAACCAGCUGUUGUCAUGAUAGUUGGUGUCAAUGGAGGUGGUAAAACUACAUCUCUUGGAAAGCUGGCCAAUAGAUUUAAAAAUGAAGGGACCAAAGUAUUGUUGGCUGCAGGAGACACAUUUAGAGCAGCUGCAAGCGAUCAAUUGGAGAUAUGGGCUCAAAGAACGGGUUGUGAGAUCGUCGUAGCUGGAAAUGAAAAUGCAAAGGCAGCUACAGUUCUUUCGCAGGCUGUUAAACGGGGUAAACUAGAAGGUUACGACCUUGUUCUGUGCGACACCUCUGGACGUUUGCACACUAAUUACAGCCUUAUGGAAGAAUUGAUCGCGUGCAAGAAAGCUAUUGGAAAAGUUGUUCCCGGUGCACCCAAUGAAAUCCUGCAAGUGCUGGACGGAACAACUGGUUUGAACAUGCUUCCACAAGCAAGAGAAUUCAACGACGUUGUGGGAAUUACUGGUUUGAUUUUGACCAAACUUGAUGGCUCAGCAAGGGGUGGCUGUGUGGUGAGUGUAGUUGAUGAACUCGGAAUACCUGUGAAGUUUGUUGGUGUCGGAGAAGGCGUGGAAGAUCUCCAACCAUUUGAUGCUGAGGCAUUCGUCAACGCAAUAUUUCCAUGAAAUUUUGUCAGCAGAGAGACUGUAAAUUUUAUGUGGUCUUAAAGAAGGAAGUCUCAACAACUUGCACUUGUAUCUUUAGAUCGAGUUUUGGGGUCUUAUUUCGUUGUAGAUUUGUGAAUUUUGCAACCGGAUCAACUUGGGACCGGAAUAAAAGGGUUUCCGGCAAAGAUUAUCUUAUGAUUGUUUGAAUAUAUGCAUAGCUUGAUUAAUCUUA